AUGUCUGCUUUCAUGUACACCCACCACCACCACCAGCAACAGCAUGCACACCAUGCGGCUCAUAUGCCUACCAAUAACCACCACGGUCGCACCCGCCGAGGCCCCAAGAUGGCUCACCAGAAUGCUCAGCGUCAAUUCCGAGGUGUCAAGAGCAUGCGGGAGCUGGCGGAAGCCCCAGCAGUGACGGCCUUCCGGGCGAGAUUCGAAGCUGGUCGCUCCUUCGACCUCGACGAUGACCUCGAAUUCUGCCCCAAUCUCCUGACUGAUGAGGAUCUGCACUCGAUUCACUCCGCUUCUUCCGACCGGUCUUCGCUCUCCAGCGGCUCCCCCGACACUUCACCCCUGCAACAUCAGAUCCAGCCAGUGCAGCAGGUCACACCGGCCAUUUCUCUGUCUCCGGCUUCGACCAACUCAUUUGUUCACGCCGCCAACCCAAAUCAUGUUAACUUCCAGCAGCCUGCUGCCAGCCGGACCCGCAAAGUCAUCCCGAUCGUCAACCCUAACACCGGGAUGACCAUGACCAGCCCGCCCUCAUCGAUUUCUCCGGCGAUGAUGCAGGCUGCUCAGCGUCGAUGGUAA